AUGUCGCUGACCAGCGCCACGCCUGCUGAUGCGGCGCGGGCUGCUAAGUCGGCAUCACACUACCUGGCCACCUUGCCCGUGGCCGCCCGCAAUGAUGCUCUCACAGCUAUUCACUCUGCUCUGAUCGAGUCCAAAGAUGAUAUCCUCGCCGCUAACGCUCGGGACAUGGACGCCGCUCGGAAGGCUGCAGCCGAUGGGCAGCUGAGCCAGAGCCUAGUCUCCCGGUUGGAUCUGGGCAAGAAGGGCAAGUGGGAUGACAUGCUCAAGGGCAUAUUGGACGUCAGAGAACUUGAGGAUCCUGUCGGCAAGGUCACCCUGAGGACAAAGCUGGAUGACGGCCUGGUGCUUGAGAGGAUAUCUUGUCCCAUCGGUGUCCUCCUUAUCAUCUUCGAAGCCCGGCCCGAAGUCAUUGCCAACAUUGCUUCUCUAGCCAUCAAAUCUGGCAAUGCCGCCAUCCUCAAGGGUGGCAAAGAGUCCACAGAGUCCUUCGUCGCCAUCUCAAAGGCGAUAUCAGCCGCCCUGGACAAGUGCCAUGUGCCGAACGGCGCCAUCCAGCUUGUGACGACUCGCGAUGUCAUUCCUCAGCUCCUUGAUUUGGACCAGUUUAUUGAUCUCGUCAUUCCCCGAGGAUCAAAUGAGCUGGUACGCUAUAUCAAGUCAAACACCAAGAUUCCCGUGCUUGGCCAUGCCGACGGUCUAUGCAGCAUCUACCUGGAGCACACCGCCGAGCCAAAGAUGGCGGCUGACGUUAUAGUGGACUCUAAAACAAGCUACCCCGCCGCAUGUAACAGCGUCGAGACACUGCUCGUGGAAGACUCGGCCAUUGGGACUGUCUUCCCAGUUGCCGCUGAGGCGUUGAUUUCGAAGGGCGUAGCGCUGCGGUGUGACGCAAAAUCCAAGGCUGCUCUACAGUCCAAAUUUUCAGAAAAUGUCUUCUCUCAGGUGGAAGAUGCGAAGGACGUGGACUAUGACACUGAGCAUUUAGCCCUGGUCUUGGCAGUCAAGGUUGUGAACAGCCUCGAUGAUGCCAUUCUUCAUAUCAACACCCACGGCUCCCAUCACACGGACGCUAUCUUGACAUCUUCAGACGAACUCGCUGAGAAAUUCAUGUCUGGGGUGGACUCUGCUGGCGUCUACUGGAACACGUCUACGAGAAUGGCCGACGGCAUGAGAUACGGAUUCGGCACAGAAGUAGGAAUUAGUACCAACAAGAUCCAUGCUCGUGGACCCGUCGGCCUGGAAGGGCUGAUGAUCUACAAGUAUAAGAUCAGAGGUGGUGGCCACGUCUCUGCCGUCUACGGUGAGGGAGAGGGCAAGAAGAGGUUCAAGCACGAGAGCCUGCCUUUCUAA